GUGAGUGUCAAAGUUCAUAAUGGUCAUUAUGCCUGGCAGGAAGUGAGAUUUGAACCAAGUAUUUCUUCCUACAUGACGGAGAUCACGACUAUGAGUAACUUUACAUAAUGGAAGACAAUGACCACUCUCCAGUAGAAGACGUAAUAGAUGGGAAUACGUCUCCUAAAGAUAAUAAUAACAAGUUAAUUUAUUGCCAUGACGAUGAACUAAAAUCACCGAAAGAACUUCUUGGGGAGGACUUUGUGAGUAUUGCCGAAUACAAUGCACACUUAGCAGAGGAGUUUCGGCGUCAGGAGCAUAUGAACAAUAUUAUGGCGGAUAAGUAUCGAAUGGAACGACUGACGGAGAAGGAUUGGAAACUUAUGUAUAGUGAUAGAUAUCAGGAGAAUAAUGUGGAUAAAAUAUGGCGGUUGACGUACGAUGCUGAUAAGUAUUACGAGGAGAACGUUGCCGAGAAGCAGAGUCUUGAAGAUCGAUGGAACUUUAAAUAUGCUGACGAAUCGGAUGUUGAAACUGUUGAUGAUGAGUCAGACUGUUCUCAGAUUGUCACGAACGGCCCUAUUACGGUGUUAGGUGCGUCUGUUGAUCACGUGGCACCACGCGAGUGCAAUUCUGUAAAUGAUGUAAAAUCGUCAAAAUCUGUAAAACAUGUGAGUGAUGGGAAACCAGUUAUUGUUGUAAAACCGAAAGAGAAGAAAGUGGCGGACAUUUCCCAUAAUGCACGCUUUAAUGGCAGCCCUACCAACAGUAGGAAAGUGUAUGAGGAGGUGAAAAGGUCAACAACAAACGGCACUGUGAGAGCAAGAAAAAAUUCCAAUGACGGCGGUCGCCAAUCUGUGAACAAAGCCGGACUUACAAGGACUGGAAGUAGAAAUUCAUUAGGGAGCUCAUCACCGGCAUCCCAGCGUAAGUCAGGAAAGUUUACCACAUUGGUGGAGAUUACUUUAGAACCGAAAAACCGCGAAAACCAUGUUAAAUCUGCCAACAGAAAAAGUUCGCCAACGCAGCAAACAAAAAGUAGCAUACGAGAAAGUCGUGUGCGUAGCGCAAAUCAGGAGAAGCAUGCACGUACAGGCAGCAUGUCCCCACCUGUUGCAUCUGCUCGUAAAGCUUUGUCUGCUUCCACCGUACGUAGUCGUAGUGUCGGACCGCAUACUUUGUUACGGCAGGUCAGUGGGCAGAAUAACGAAAAGCCUGCAAGUGUACGACAACGCCGUGCAGUUUGGGAAUGCAAGGUUGUAGAACCGCCUGUGGCUAAACCUGAUGCCUUUUCACCCAAGAGCGGGUCUCAUCCUGAAGAAGACCGUAUCGUUCGUAAAACAUCAGAGAAAAGGAAGUCUAUUGUGGCCGAGAGGAAAGCCAUGCUUUUCGGGGGGACCAUGGCAACAAAUGAUAAAUCAAUUGUGACACAUUCUACAAAGCCUAAUAUGGGCGCUGUUAAGAAAACUCCAAAACAGGAACGUGAAAGAACUGCAAGGAGAUCUCUCCCACCGACUCCAGUUAGAGUUGACAGUACCCGUUCUACAUCAAGGAUGACACCGCCCUCGUCAGCUAGAAUUGAUGUGACGACAAGUCCAAGACGUUCAGCAUCUACGAAAUCUGAAUCAACGAGUCAUCGAAACUCUACUGGUGCGACAAGAUCUGCACCAGUGUUAAAUCAAAAACCUGAGAAACCAGCAACAACGCUUAAAUAUUCUCCUCCAAAAACUCACAUGCAAAAAACUGUUAAGCGUCGUUCACCACCACCGAUUCCUGUCAAACCAGACAACUUGAGUCCAAGGAAGACUCCGCCUCGAUUACCCGAAACAAAACCAAGAGUUCGAAGAAGUCCGCCAAACGUCAGUGACAGUACUAAAACCAAACCGCCAUUACCGCAAAAGGGGAAUGCUACAAUGAAACGGGAGUCCCUCUCUCCACGGAAGAGCCAUGAGAUAAUACCCGUUCUUAAGCCUUUAGCAUUGGAAGAUGUUAUUAAAAACGAAGAAGUCAUGCAGAAGGACAAUAUUAUGCCGAGGGUGGAAAAUGGCGUAGAUGAGGUGGACAGUGCAAGGAUUCCCACAGUCAAAACCGAUGAAAAAGGUGGACAUUACUUUUUACGUGUCGUUGGAGAAGAGGAAGAACGAAUUAACAAACUGUGUAAAAUUGCAGAUGAUUACAUGAAGGGGAAGGAACUCGGUGAAGAAGUUUGUGGUAAAGUUCGUGCUGCAAUCGGUAAAGCUCAACUCUUGACGACCAAGAAAUUCAAACAGUUCAGAGGAUUAUGCCAACAGAAUAUCAAUCCAAGCUCGGAACUCAUCACCACGGCAACUGAUUUGGAAGGAUUCUGGGAUAUGGUUAUGCUUCAAGUAAAUGAUGUCAAUAACAUGUUUACCGAGUUAGAACAGUUAAAACAAAAUGGAUGGAAAACUGUUCAACCUAAACAACAACAAAAAACAACUAAGCCUAAGCAAGUGAGUGGUUUUGGUUUAUGA